GAGCGGGUUUACACAUGUCCUGAGCCGCUUCUCUUCCCACAGCCAGGGAGAGAACCCAGGAGUCCUGGCUCCCGGCCCCGCCCGCUCUAAUCCACUAGCCCCCCCAGGCUGAGGGCUGUGUGUGUGGUCUGGGGGCGGGCGCUGUGUGUCCCCCUGGGGCUCGGGCGGGUUGGCGUAGCGGCAGAGUCCCGCAGGGGGGCAGUGGGAGUGGCGAAGACAAGACCAGACAGUGAAGCUGCCCUGAGAGAGGGCGGAAAACAGCUCCUGGGUGCUGACAGAGCAUAACCCACCGAGAGAGCCGGUCACCGAGGGAGCUGUUCUGUGCCUCAGUUUCCCUAUCUUAGGGUCUUUCCUCUCUUUAGGUUGUAACCGGGCGGGGCCUGUCUCUGGAUCGCCCGGCGCCCCGAUCUUGGUUCCGCGUCUCCGUGGGGCAGCCCCGGGGCUCACCCGGCCGGGACCCCCCGCCCCGAUGGCGCCGGACGACGGCACCGACUGGCUCCUGGCGCUGCUCACCGAGAUCCAGUUGGAGCAGUUUUACCACAAGAUCCGGGACGAGUUACACGUCACCCGUCUGGGCCACUUCGACUACGUCAAACCCGCCGACCUCGACCACAUCGGCAUGGGGCGCCCCGGUCAGCGGCGGCUGGAAGACGCCAUCAAGCGCAGGAAGCAGCAGUGGCCGCGCCCCAAGUCCUGGGUUUAUAAGAUGAUCGGUGGCCCGAGGACCCAGGAGCCGGGGGAGGGGCCCUCCCGCCCCCCACCUCCUCGCCCGGACUCGGACACCCCCCUGAAAUGCCUAAUCAGUGAAUGGGACCUGCGCCUGCGGGAGCGGCUGGGCGACGGCUGCUUCGGGGUGGUGCACCGGGGGGAGUGGACCCCGCCCGGCGGGGGCACUCUCUCCGUGGCGGUGAAAUCCCUCCGCUCCGACGUCAGCACCGACCCCCUCGCGCUGGUUGAUUUCCUCAACGAGGUGAACACCAUGAGCACCCUGGACCAUCCCCACCUCCUGCGGCUCCACGGGGUCGUCCUCAGCCAGCCCCUCAAGAUGGUGAGCAGGGCCCAGACGCCUGGGUUCCCUCGCCGACUCCGGGAGUGGAGUGCGGGCUGGUGCGCCCCCGAGAGCCUGCGCUCCGGCGUCUUCUCCCACGCAUCCGAUGUGUGGAUGUUCGGGGUCACCCUCUGGGAGAUGUUCUCCUACGGCGAGGAGCCCUGGAUGGGGCGCUCGGGACGCCAGAUCAUGCUGUCGGUGGAGCGGGAGGGGGCGCGGCUGGAGCGCCCCGAGGACUGUCCCCGCGGCCUUUACGGGCUGCAGCGGCGCUGCUGGGCCCCCAACCCCGAGGAGAGACCCCACUUCCGGGACAUUGUCGGCCUGCUGCACGAGGUAAGAGACCCCGGGGGCUGCUGGAGUCCCCUGCCCCAUGGCCGGCCCCCUGCUCUGCUCCCCACAGCCCCCCUGCUGGGAGCCGUGGAGAGAACUCCGGAGUCCAACUGUGACUCAGUUUCCCUUUCCCCCUUCCUAGGUCUCUCUAAGAGUCUGGACUCAGUGUCGGAUUUCAGCGUCCUUCGGGCGAAACCCAGGCGUCCGGGUGAUGAUCUCGCGUUCCUGCCUCGUCACGUCGGCCACCCACCCUCUCGCUCGCCAGGGGAAAUGGGGCUACGGCCCCUGGAGACGCCCCCAAAGUCUCGGCCUGGCCCUCGGCCCUGCCUACCCCGCAGGAUUGAUGCUCCACUCCAGCAUCCUGGGGCCAGGGACAGGAGGGAGGCAGGGGGCACCAGGGCCUCUGGGGGGGCCCACAGGGCUGCAGAGGGGGUCAUGGGGCCCCCAUGUGGGGGGCAGAACAGCAACAGUGACAUGGAGUGGAAAAUCAAAGAGGUGGAGGAGAAGGUCCACGGGGUGACGGUGGAGGAGUGUCGCGAGGCGCUGAGGCUGCACGGCUGGGACACCCAGAGAGCCAUCGAGACGCUGAAGGUGGCACUUGGGAGAGGCUCGUGCGGCCCUCAUAUGUGA